CAGUGUUUACUGACAGAACAGAGUCACCAACAUCCAAUCGAAAAUAAUAUUACAACAGAAAAUAACACCAGCACGUACUGGUGAGCUUGUUGCUGAACUGAUCAAUUCAGUUACUUUGAUAACCGAAAAGAGAGCGUUGAUAGAACUAUUGCUAGUGGAACUACUGGAAUUCGUGUUCGCAAAAUUAAUAAAAUAGAAAAAUGGGCGUACUGACAAAGAAACCCAAGACCUUAGAAGUUCAGUUGAGUGACCCGAACAAGAGUUCGUAUAGCGGCGGAGAUAAAGUGGCCGGGCGGGUGAUCGUGGAGGUGGCGGAGGCGAUGCGGAUUUCCGCCGUUAAACUCUUCGGAAUCGGAUGUGCUAAAGUCGACUAUAAUAAAGGAAAGCUGCGCUGCAGGGAGGAGAUUGAGUACCUGAAAUAUGAAGAAAUUCUUCACCUCGAUCAUCAGCCAACAGAUGCAGAUGGCUCCAUCACUCUCAGGCCUGGAAACAAAUACGAGUUCAUGUUUGGUUUCGAACUUCCUCAGGCAGGGUGCCUGGUUUCCUCGUAUGUGGGAAAGUUUGGCUCAGUCCAGUACUACGUGAAGGCCGUCAUAGAGAAAUCAGGCCAGUCCUAUGCAGAAUGCAAGCGAUAUUUCGAGGUGGAAGAACCCAUUGAUGUCAACACCCAAGAUCUCAUGGCUCCAGUUGCAGGAGCGAAUCAGAAGAAAGUCACCUGCAUGUUUAUUCCUGACGGUAGCGUUUCCGUGGCCGCUCGCAUAGCCCGGAAGGGUUACAGCGAAGGAGAAGACAUUUGCAUCGACGCUCAGUUCGAGAACACCUGCUCUCGGAUCAUCGUUCCUAAAGCCGCCAUCAUAGCCAAGCACAUUUACCUGGCGAACGGCCGCACCAAAGUGUUUCACGAGAAACUCACUUCUGUUCGUGGCAACCACAUUAUAUCUGGCAUGCGUGACAUGUGGCAGUCGAGAGUCCUCCGUGUGCCCAAGCUUAAGCCCACCAUCCUGGGCUGUGACAUUAUCCACGUUGACUACUCUCUGAGGAUCUCCGUGCACAUCCCAGGAAGCGAGAAGCUGAUCCUAGAACUGCCUCUGGUCAUCGGGACGAUCCCCUACAACGGCAUGAACAGUCGGACCAGCAGCAUGAGCAGCCAGGAUGGCAGUGCCACCUCCAGCACCUGCGUGUCGCUCCCGUCUUCUCCGCCCAGCUACAGCGAGAUUUCCCGGGACAACCGCACGGAUAGUUCCUUCAUUCCUCUCCUGGAUGAUUACGACGAGGAUGACAGUCCUAUUUUCAUGCAUAUUAGAGAGUAUCAGCUUCCCCCUCCUCCAGCAUACACUGAGCAAAACUGAGGCUGGAGUUCUCCUUCAUUUGCUGCAACAAAAUAUAAAACUCCAGUAGAAGAUCAAACGCAGGAAGAUUCAGAUCUCAGAACGCAGAAUGACACUGCUAAAGGACUAUGCAUGCUUUACUCCAGACUUGUGGACUAUGAAACGCAGUGUCACAUCAAGAACUGGUUGAUUGCAAGUCGGUGAAGUCGCCUGAAGCUGUUUUACUGAAUCACAGGACAGUUUUUUCUCUUGAAACUGACCAUUGACGUCUUCAUGUUUAAUUCUGAAGAACCCUCAGCAUCUGAGAGAGUUUGUACAUUUAUGAUUUUGCCAUAUUGGUGUAGUAUUCUGUCUGUUUUUAUUCCAUAUUGGAAUGUGUAGAGUGAAAAACGAUCAGAUUAGAGGCACAAUAUUUUUGUGACGCACAAAAAAUGCGAUGCAGUUUUGUGAGUGGAAAAUUGUUUAUCAUAAUGAGCAUGUGUAUUUCUAAUUUAAUAGAUAGAAAUCAGAAUACGCAUUUAUAUAGAAUAUGCCUAUAUUGUCAGUUUUCAUAUAGAGUAUUAGUGUCGAAGUAAUCCAAUUUGAAAUUUAAUGUGCAUUUUGUAAAGGAUUUUUUUUAUUUUAAAAUGAUUGAGUUAGUAACAUCUGUUUAUAGCAUUUUCACAAUACAAUAAAAGUUAAAAUUCAAAUCAA